CACGAUAAACACAGAGGGAGAGAGACACAGGCGGCGAGAGGGAGAGAGGGAGCGAGGGAGGAGCGUAGCUGCGCUGAAGCCGAGCCCCUCUAUGCCUCAGCACGCAGAGUGGAGCAGACGCCAAGAGCCGCACAAACACACUCCCCUCUCAGUUACAUGCACAGUCACACACAUACCACACGCCACCACCACCACCACAACCACCGCCGCCGCCGCUGCUGCUGCCGCUGCCGCUGCCACCAGCACCACACACACAACACACACACACACACACACUGUGACGGCUGCCAGGCGCAGUGGGAAGCAAGCCGUCAGGGAGAGAGCUUGAGAAGAAGAGAGAGGGAUCGCAGAGGGGAAGAGAAGAAAAAGAGAAGAGAGUUGGAGGGGGCACCUUGUGGAUCAGGAGGGAUUUUCCUCUGUGUGAGUGCACGUCUGGAUAAGGCUAUCUGCUUCUUCCUCAGCGAGAGGAGUUUUCACCGAGGCUCUUUUCUUUCUGCUCAUCCUCCACGCCGGGCUCCAGCGAUAUCUACCUAUCUAUCCCCGGAGCUUAACAAAAGAGGGAGGGAGUGAGAGUGAGUGAGAAAAAAAGGCAGUCACAGCUUCAGCUCCAGACCACCCUCUUUCCUCCUCCUCCGCCUCCUCUUCCUCCUCCUCCUCCUCCUCCUCCUCCUGCCCCUCUUCUCUCCCAAGCUCCACAUCCAUGUGUGAGUUCAUCGCUGAUUUCACUGUCUUUUGAGGAUAGAGCAGAGGACAGCGUGUGUUCUCCAGGAUACGGCCGAGCUCCCAGUGGGAUCAGGGUCUCGUCUGGUGUAAGAGAGAGGGGGGAGGAAGAACGAGACAGGGAAACGGAUACACAGGAAGAGAGAAAGACCAAGAGAGAGACGGGAGAGAGAGACAGACGCUGGAAAGCAAAUUAAGGGAUAUGUUCAGGGCAACAUAGAAGAAGAGUGAGUCCAAUUUUUUUUUUUUUUUGUUGUUUUGUUUUGAGAACGGAGAGUGCAAGGAACCGGCAACCGAAACCCAACCAUUCAUCCUCACUCAUCCUGUUCCUCUUCCCUCUCCUUUUACCUGCUCUUCAAUCCCCUCCAUUGUUUCCUUUAUUGCCUCCUACUCCUAUCCUUUCAUAUCAUCCUUUCCUCACCCUCCACCUCCUUCUCCUCCGACUUCUUCCUGCUGCCACUCCGGAGCCUCUCUACCCAGAGCCGCGGGAGGAAUGGUAGUGAGAGCGUCCCUGUGAGCUCCCAGACAAGUAGACAGACUGAAAUUCCAAGUGCAUUCCGUCCCCUUCCUCUGCACGUUCAUCACCUUUCACCGGCGAGAGGGAGAGCGCUCUCUCUGCAUCCUCCACUCUCGGAAACAGCCGUCUGAUCCGAGGAUCCAGGCAAGCCCCCUCGGCGUGAUCGCACCCCACCUGUGAGCUUCUACCCCCAGCCUCCAGGACCUUCAUUUGGAUUCCAGCUACAUGGGAAAACGUUUGGAGCAGCAGCCAAUGUACCCCCACUACACCUACUACUACCCCCACUAUCUCCAGACUAAGCAGUCCUAUGCUCCUGCCCCUCCGCCCAUGGCUCCACCUAGCCCAGGCACCACAGGGGGAGGAGGUGGAGGUGGAGGUGGAGGAGGAGGUGGUCAAGGAGGGGGGCUAGUGGAGCAACUUAGUAAGACCAACCUGUACAUCAGAGGCCUGCCGCCUGCCACCACCGACCAGGACCUCAUCAAACUCUGCCAGCCAUAUGGCAAGAUUGUGUCCACGAAGGCCAUCUUGGACAAAAACACCAAUCAGUGCAAAGGCUAUGGCUUUGUGGACUUUGACAGCCCUGCAGCAGCCCAGAAGGCUGUGGCCUCACUCAAAGCCAGCGGAGUCCAGGCGCAGAUGGCAAAGCAACAGGAGCAGGACCCCACCAACCUCUACAUCUCCAACCUGCCGGUGUCAAUGGACGAGCAGGAGCUGGAGAACAUGCUGAAGCCUUUUGGUCACGUCAUUUCCACGCGGAUACUGAGGGACGCCAACGGCCUGAGCAGAGGAGUCGGCUUUGCCAGGAUGGAGUCGACAGAAAAAUGCGAUGUGGUGAUUCAGAAUUUCAACGGGAAAUUUUUGAAAACCCCCCCAGGCAUGACAGCCCCAGCAGAGCCUUUGCUGUGCAAGUUUGCUGACGGAGGCCAGAAGAAGAGGCAGACCCAGGUCAAAUAUCCCCAGAAUGGCCGACCGUGGACACGGGAAGGAGAGAGUGGUAUGGCAUUGACGUACGAUCCCACAGCGAUGCAGAACGGGUUCUACUCUUCGCCAUACAGCAUCUCCACCAAUCGGAUGAUUGCUCAGACGUCAAUCACACCCUUCAUUGCUGCCUCUCCUGUCUCCACAUAUCAGGUCCAGAGUACAUCUUGGAUGCCACAUCAACAGUAUGUUAUGCAACCUACAGGUGCUGUGAUCACCCCAGCCGCGGCCAUAGAGCCCAGUUUGUCUCUUCACCCCUCCAGUGUAAUGGCUCCUCUCACCCAGCAGAUGAACCACCUGUCUCUGGGCCCUACGGGCGCUUACAUGCCUGCUGCAGCGGCUGCUCCUAUGCAAGGAACCUACAUUCCCCAGUACACUGCAGUGCCUGCCUCUGCCAUCACAGUGGACGGCGUGGUGACAGACCCUUCUUCACAGACGGCUGCCCCCUCCUCACAGGACGCCAGCGGGCAGCAGCCUUUAUCAGUGGAGAACACAGGAGAUCAUGCCACAGCCUAUUCUUACCAGCAAUCUAAAUAACCAGACUGGUAGGAGUCAUUGCUUCAUUGCCUUUAGAAGGACUGCACUGAGGCGCUGGAGGCACGGGGAGAAUCGAAUCAAAAUGACACAGGAGAAACAACACACACACACACACACACACACGAAAAAAAACAAAAAAAAAAACAGAGGUGACAUGGACAACACUGAGGGGGGAAUGCUUCCACUGUGCACAGGCACCAAAUAAAAGACAAAAUGGAGAGAAAAGAAAAAUCAAUUAUCUUUCUUACCUGGUUGAACCAAGAAAAAUACAAGAAGGAAAAAAAAAAAAACAACGACAAUAUGACGGUUUGCCGAACUAGA